GGCUCGUUAUUUUUGACACAUUGUAUUGUGACAUAUUCAAUGGUCGCAAUAUUUUUCUCUAUCAAAGCAAUUCGUUCAUCAUAUAGAAAUUGUGUAUUUUGAAUCAAAUUCUGCUGGAAUUUAGUUUAAAAUGUCCGGUGCAGUGAAAAAGAUUUCGACCGGUUUAACGGGUUUAGUGGUGUCGAAGAAUCCUCACCAUCAAUUGGCUAGUCUUUAUGGUAAAACAUUGCGUGCAUUGGCUCAGAUGCCAGAAACGGCUGCUUAUCGUGUCAACACAGAGAAAAUCAUUCGUGAACGAGCCCAUGUUGUAGCUACGACACAAGACGUGGCUGAUAUUGAGACGAAAAUCGGCUGCGGUCAAGUUGAAGAGAUACUGGUUCAAGCUGAAAACGAAUUGCUGCUGGCACGAAAAUUCUUAUCGUGGAAACCAUGGGAGCCUCUUGCCCGGCAAGCACCAGCUCGACAAUGGGAUUGGCCACCAGCAAAGAUCCAACCACAAUCCUAAGCAUUUUUACCAUUCGCAAUGUAUAAAAAACCAAAACAAAAAUCAGUUACAUGCUUAAUAUCCAAGUGACAACCGAGUGACUGUGUAAAAUGUUAAGUCGAAUAAAAGAAUAGGCAACCAAUUUCAUAGAAUA